AGCUGUCAGACAGAACACAUUUUCGAAACUGUAGGUGUCUCACUGACAAUUCUACUUCAUUAAAUUCAAUGUGGGCUUGAAUAUUACGAGUUUAUAGUGGAGUAUGUAAAAAAUUCCAGUCCCCCGAUUUCCGUCAAUAUUUCAGUGUCGUGAAUUGUCCACCCUCAGUUCAACAUGACUGUCGGCCAAGAUGCCUUUGCCACCAUGAGCAAGAAUGAUUACACCUGGCCCUAUCCGAAACCGCUCACAAGCAGACCAUCUCAGCCACCUCAGAGAACAAAACCCAACAAUUACUAUGUCGCCAAAUUGGUUGAACCAUACUGCCACUGCGAUGCCCACUUGUACGAUCCUCAAAUGGGCAGGUACAGAAUGCUGGCAAAAAAGGAAAACAUGCUCUACAAGGAGCUGGAGGAGCUCAACAAUCAAAUGGCACUACUAUCUGGAGAAGUGCUGGACCACCCUUGCGACACGGAUGAUGUCAAAAUGGAAACCAUAUACCAAACCGAUUACACCAAACGAGGACUGAAUUUGGUGAAAUAUAGGAAGUUGCAAGCUGACAUAGACUCACCUGUAGGUGUUCCAGUGAAAACUGAAGCUAUAGGCAUAGGUCAAGGAUAUAGAGAUCCCCAUAUCUUCAGAUAUCACGCUUUUCCAAGACCAGCAAUUGACGUGUGUCCUACUGUUACUUUCACGAGGACUCCAACAUUGGUUGAUGAAUGGUUUGCGCCUAGAACAGGGAUGUCGGAAUAUCAAGACACUAUAGCCAAGACAGGAUUGGGGAUAAUAAAAAGUAGGCAGCAGUACAGCGAACCAUUACCUUCAUCCAGACGAAGACAUGGAGAUCCCUGUCUUUAAUAGUUGGAAAAGGAAUAUCUAAAUGAAUCGAGUCAUAAAAAGUCUGUUCUUUCCUCUCCACAAACGCGGUUUUAUCAUCGAUAAAAAUGCGAUACUCAUAAAGUAAAAUUGGCGAAGUAACUAUUCAAAACAGAUCAGUGUUCCCUUCUGGACGUGUAUUUUUGGACGAGGUAGUGAUGGCUCUCUCAAAAACCGCAGGGGAAUUUAGUUUUCGAGGGGGUUUUUAUUUCCUCGCUCAAAAGUAUAAAUUAAAUUCGGAAAGUACAUGUAUUUACGAAAGCCUGAUUCUUGUCCACCUCGGGGUAAUCUUUUUCUUACUCUGUAGUCUGUAUUUUCUGAACCCGUCAUUUGUCAUACAAACAACAUAACCUCAAAAAUAUUUUAGACAUUUCUAAAUAAUUAUAAUUUGUUAUAAAUAAAUUUCACCUCUAACGAU